ACACAGGCUUUCCCUGUUGGACGCAAGUGGACUCUCUCCUCGGACAUUUAACCUUUGGCGUUGGACAGUAAGCAACAGUCGGCUAAAUCAAAAUGCCUGGCUCAAACUGCAAGGGAAAGAGUAUUGUAAUGACACCGGACCCGUAUCAUACACCCGGUUAUGGCGGCUUUUGUCCCCAAUUCAAGUACCAGAUCGGUCAGACAUUCGGCCGGACGACAUCUCGUCUGCUCCAAGACACGGACGUGGCGAGUUCCGGGCGCCUGGUCCUCGCCGACAUCGAGCCGUCUGCCAGCCUCGAUCUCGGCCAACAGCGGCGAGCCAAGAUUCUCAACUCUCGAGUUCAAAGUUGGGGGGACCAAAAGCUCGUAGAGAAAAUGGUUCCUGGGUACACAGGUUUCAUCCCAAAGGGUCAGCACUAUUUCGGCACGCGUUACGCCGAGGGUUGCCGGAACUCCAUCUGUGACUUUGAGCUGGAUCACCGGACUUACAAGGGGAAGAUGCAGGAACUGACAGACCUGGAGGCGUUACAGACGGGGAGGACCCCCAGGACGGUCCGGGAUCUGCCGCCCCUAAAAACUAAGCAGGUUCAUCCACUAAAGUCAAUAGCCGCGCAACCCGAGCCCUACCAAUCUCCUAACGUCGUCAAACAUAUGUUGUCGCCUUUCGAAAUGAACAAUGCUGACCCAAACAAAAACUUCAUGUCAGGCUACACAGGAUUUGUCCCUCGGUCACGUGGUCUGAUCGGCAUCGGCUACCCCAUCAUCACCCACCACGCCCUGAACGACUUCACCGACGACGUGGCUCGGUCACAGUCUAUCAAGGGUCUGCCCAUUACCAUCCACAGGAAGGAGAAAAUAGUCCCCGACAUGAAGGGCGUGUACCCUGUAGAGACAGGACUGGUACCUCACUAUACCGGACACAUACCUGGCCAGAAGUUCCGAUAUGGGGAGACAUUCGGGCACAGCACCGAGAACGCCAUGAAACACCCUCUCACAGCCAGGACGUAGACAGCAGUUGUCUCCCUUCCUUGUUUCUUUUUGUUGUUAUUUUUUAUGAACUGGGAAUUGUUUUCAGAAAAGAUGUUUCAAUGUUCGAUCAGGCAAUGUUAAAAUCAUUAAUGAUUAAGACUUCUACAACAGGAGUAAAUAAUAUUAUUUUUUUAUAUUUAUCAAACAAAUCACGAACAGUAACCUCAGUGAUAUAUACACAUAGGUAUCUGAAAUUCUGCUUUUUCUCUUGGUAACGUCUUCAACUUUCGUUUAUACCACAAUAAUUUACAUGUUAAAUAAUCAUGGCUUCUGAUUGCCAGCACAUUCCUUUUGUUUACUAUUAAAAGGAAAAUUUUGUUACCCUUUCGGUUUUUGUUAUGAACAAAUUAUUACAUCCUUCAGUAGACCAGUAACCUCAGUGAUUGAGGCAGUUGAAUUUCCGUUUUUUGUCUCAUUAAAAAUGUCUUGAGCUUUGCGACUCCCAAGAUAACUUACCAUUUAAAUAAUCAUGUCUUCUGAUUACCAGCUUAUUCCUUAUAUUUAUUAUUACAAGGAAGAAUAACUUUCUUCACUUUCGCUUUUCGUUGUGAUCAAACUAAGUCACAUUCUUCAAUUGCAGUUCUAUCAUGGCAAACUUGAUUUUUGUUGUUCCUUUAUAAUAGUUCUACAUGCCUUUUUAUUCACAACAGAGAAUCUUCCAAAUGUGACCUUAUGGCAUGAUGGCUGUUUCUGAUAUUAGGUUCUGCUAAGACUUACACCUGUGGGUGAAAAUUUGUCAACGAUCUGGAAAACCCCAUAGCUUGUUCCAUCAGCAUUUUCCAACAACUUUCACAUUCAUACACUGCCACCAUAUUUGGCCACCACGUACAUAUUACUCGACUUCCUGCAGCUGCCAUGUUAAUUUUUAAAACGGCAGUAAUUUACGCCAAUAGUAUCUAUCAUGCCUCCAUGUGUGGACGUGUUUACAAUGAAUAUACAGCAUGCAUGGCACUUUUAUAUCUCGAUUUUCUAUCCAGAAAAUAUUUGAAAUUUUAUACCAUCUCCUUGAUAUUAACUGUCAAGAAUUACUUUGGUCCAAUUAAAGCCAUGUAUAAAUAAUAUAUACUGCAAUGGAAUUACAAGGAAGCAAUGGUGUUUCACAGCUAGAUGAAUGUUUAGCACAUGGGUGUAUGAUUGUACUCUUGUAAGAUUUUUUCAAAUGUUUGUAAGAUGAGUGAUUAACAGUGUAAAUAUAAUUUUCAAACUUUUUUUGUCAUAAAUGUUUUAUUUUGAUGUAUAAAAUGUAAAUAAAUAUAGAUAUUUUA